UCUCUCUCCCCUUCCCUCCCUCCCUCUAUAUUCUACUCUUUGCACACACACACACAUAUAUAUAUAUAUAUAUACAACAAUCUUAUAUACAUACACGCUCAUAUAUCACACAUAACAAUGUGUCAGCUUACCACAUCUUCUCUGUGCUGCUGCAAAUGCAAUUUAAGCACUCGUUACGUCGUUCCAAUGAAUGAUCCGGAAAAUCCCUGCGCGCUCACCACACCGCUCAUGAUCCCAAAAAGAGCAACAACAACAUCAUCAUGGAAAGAACAGGAGCAAACGCACCAGACACACAAACCCCACAAAUCCCAUUUCUCGUCUGUCAUAGCAGAGGCCAAUUCCAUGGCCAAAAUAGCUUUCCCAAUGAUACUCACUGGGCUUUUACUUUAUUCUCGAUCAAUGAUUUCCAUGCUUUUCCUCGGCCAUCUCGGUGAACUCGCUUUGGCUGGUGGUUCUCUUGCUGUUGGUUUCGCCAACAUCACCGGCUAUUCUAUUCUCUCUGGACUCGCUAUGGGUAUGGAACCGAUUUGUAGUCAAGCUUUUGGUGCUAAAAAACAUUCUCUGCUUGGUCUCUCUCUGCAGAGGAGUGUUCUCCUCUUGAUCUUUGCUUCCAUACCCAUAUCUCUUCUAUGGCUAAACAUGAAGAAAACCCUUCUGGUUUUUGGACAAGACGAAUCUAUUUCUUCAGAAGCUCAAUCUUAUCUUCUCUAUUCUCUUCCUGACCUUGUUGCUCAAUCUUUUCUACACCCAUUGAGAAUCUACCUUAGAACUCAAUCCAUUACUCUGCCUCUAACAUUCUGUGCUACUCUGUCUAUUUUCCUCCACGUCCCCAUUAAUUACCUCCUCGUUUCCCAUCUGAAUUUGGGAAUCAAAGGGGUCGCGCUUGGCGGGGUUUGGACCAAUUUCAAUCUCGUAGCUUCUCUGAUCGUCUACAUCCUCGUCUCCGGGGUCCACAAGAAAACUUGGGAUGGAAUCUCCAUGGAAUGUUUCAGAGAAUGGAAAAGCCUCCUCAAUUUGGCGAUUCCGAGCUGCAUUUCUGUUUGCCUCGAAUGGUGGUGGUAUGAAAUCAUGAUCCUUCUGUGCGGUUUGCUGUUAAAUCCGGAAGCGACCGUGGCAUCAAUGGGGAUUCUGAUACAAACCACGGCGUUAAUCUACAUAUUCCCUUCGUCUCUAAGCUUCAGCGUUUCAACAAGGGUCGGUAACGAACUAGGAGCCGAUCAACCAGAGAAAGCGAAACUCGCAGCCAUUGUGGGCUUAUCUUGCAGCUUCAUAUUGGGAUUUUCGGCAUUGAUCUUUGCUGUUAUGGUAAGGAACAUUUGGUCAAGCAUGUUUACAGAGGACAAAGAGAUUAUGGCCUUGACAUCAUUGGUUUUGCCUAUAAUUGGACUUUGCGAGCUCGGAAACUGCCCGCAAACCACUGGAUGCGGGGUUUUAAGAGGAACAGCGAGGCCCAGAGUGGGAGCCAAUAUAAACUUGGGUUGCUUUUACAUUGUUGGAAUGCCGGUGGCAUUGGGUUUGUCUUUCUUUGCCGGUUUUGACUUUCUGGGUCUAUGGCUUGGACUAUUGGCCGCACAGGGCUGCUGUGCUCUGACUAUGUUGGUGGUUUUGGGUCGGACUGAUUGGAAUUCUGAGGCACAGAGAGCUAUUAAGCUGACCGGUCCGACUACUCUGGUUGUUGAUGAUGGUGUUCAUAAAAGCAGCAGCGACCAAGUUGAGGAACAGAAGCAGAGCAAAGAAGAAACCAAGGAUUGUUUAAACUUAAAAAGCAUCGAGGAAGGGAAGCAGAGCAAAGAAGAAACCAAGGAAGAUUGUUUAAACUUCCAAUGAUUUUAUGAAUUGCAAAAUCUAUAUGGUGUAAAGGUUGAAAAAACUUCCUGACAUGAAUGUUUUGACAUUCAAUUCCAAAAUCCAUUUUGUUCGAUAUGUAUAUUUAUUUUUUAAUAAAAUAAUACUAAUUGAUAAUAACUAUUAAUUUA